CGAGUUCUAACCCGGGGGGCUAUAACGCACUUACAACGUCAAAGAGGCUUUUAAUCUUCGAAACUGCAACUAUUUGAUAGACCUUGCUCACCGACUCGCCGUAUUCGCUAAAAACUUGUUGCCCUUGGACGCUAUCAGCAUGAGUUACCACGCCGAGGACUUGGUAAAGCUGCAGCAGUAUUCCGCUUGUGAUAUCUCGGACGCACUCCUCAAGUUAAAGGUUCCCGGCGCCGGCUUUGUUGCCGAUCUGAACCUAUACAGCUCUCCUGAGGGUGAUGCAACAUCGGUUACUGUUGCUCCAGUUUCAACAGUUCUCUUCGCCUCCAAGGGACAGGAUCUCCCAGAAAUACAAAAGAACAUCCCUGAGGGAACCCAUUGGGCCGAUCUGACAGAACCAGGAACCAUUGUGGUUCUUAAACAGCCUGACGGUCAAAAGAAUGCUGUUUGUGGUGGGAUCAUGGCAGUUCGCAUGAAAGUGUGCCAAGCCAAGGGCAUCGUUGUAGCUGGGCGAGCCAGAGAUAUAGCGGAAUUAAAGAGUACUUCCUUACCGAUUUGGGCUCGAGGGUUGUCCACCGUUGGGGUCGGUGGAGGGAGCGUGCCCUGGGCGAUCCAGGUACCUCUCGACAUUGAUGGAACCCUCGUCUCUCCUGGCGACCUUGCAUUUAGCGAUCCAAUCAACGGGGUGGUGGUCAUUCCUCAGAACAAGGUUUCUGAGGUCCUCGAAUUGCUGCCCAAGCUGACAGCCGCUGAUGAAAAGGUUAAGGAAGAUGUGCUCAAAGGUGCAACGGUUUUUGAGUCCUUCAAGCUUCAUCGAAGCAAUCUUUGAACAAGCCCCGUCGUAGAGGAUAAAGAAUACAAGACUACUACCUUGGACCAA